GAGCGCCGGCCAGACAUGCCCCGGCGGCACCCCGACUCCCGAGCCCAGCAGGGGGCGCCCAAGAGGUUCCCGGGCGAGGGCGCUCCGCGACGGAGGGACCCGCUGCUGCCCGGCUGGCCCCUGUGCGAACCGCGACCGGCCGCGGGCGCGGGGCGGCCGGAGGGCUGGCGGGCGCGGGGCGGCUCCGAGUGGUGGCAGGCCUCCGGCGGCGAGUCCCCCCUCCGCAGCCCCCCGCCGCGCAUGCCGCCUCUGCCCGGCGCGGCUCUGCAGGCGGCGCGGAAGUCCGGGCUCAGGGCGCUGCUGCUGCCGCCCCGGUUCCUGGACAGAGCGCCCUGGACACGGGUGUCCCUGUGUCCCGAGCCUGGAGGGCACGGGAAGGACCGGAGGGGCGCGGCCAGGGAGGCCAAGGACUCCCAGGACUCCCUGGGCGCCCUGCUAGGCCAGUUCCUCCCCAGCAGGUUCCAGAAGUUCCUGCGCCAGCUCGGGACCCAGUGGGUGGAGCAGCUGGAGCGGCAGACAGCCUCGGAACCGGAACCGAGCCACCAGAGGGGUGUGUCAGACCACUGGUGGGGACAGCCUCCUCCGUGUCCCAGCCGCUCCUUCCUUCCCGACCUUCGGUGCCAGUCAUCGAACCUCCAGAAUAACCUCAGGAAGGUUUCGAGCCAUCAGAUACCUACCCUGGGGCCGCUAAGGAGAGAUUGCACACAGUUCACCGAGGCCAGAAAGGCCAACAAUCCCUGCGGUCUACCGGCCCCCAAGCUCAAGGCCGCACCCAACCGCAGCCCCUUGGAGGAAGCCUCGGGGCACAGCAGGCGGUGUAGCCCCUUCCGCGUGCGAUUCGCUGACGAGACCCUACAGGACACAGCGUUUCGCUACUGGGAGCGGAGAUGUGCACUCCAGCAGGGCAUCAACAGGAACCGGCCCGCCCGGCCAGCCCCCUCGUCGGACAGCUUGGAGCCCGUGUUUGGGAGCAUCAGGAGGUGGUUGGAGAAUUUGCCCAACACCCUGGACUCCAAGCCCCAGAAGCGAGCCGCGACCAGCGCCAGGGCCAGCUGGGACUGCCCCGGCCUACCCAACCUGGGGCGGCAGAGGCCCCUCUCUGAGGACACCCUCUCGAGCAGCACCCAGAGGUGGCGACGAGACCACAAAGCCUUCCUGGGCGCCCAGGACGUUCUCGACCAGGCGGGCAAAUCGCCCUGCUCCUGGAGCCAGAAACUGGAGUCCUUCCUGCCCCGCCUGGAGCUGAAGCGAGGCGGUCCUAGGGGGUACCAGCUGUUCCUGCCGUCCGCGCUGCAGUAGCGGGCUGGGUGACGCGUGGCCCCUGGACCCCACCCAGCCGUGGACACGGCCUGGGGUGAGGACAGGCCUUCCUUGCCCUAAAAUAAAUGUACAUCCCGGGGGGCUGGGCCCUGCU